AUGUGCCCUGGGAAAGAUGGCAAAACGCUCACUGACAAACGAGAAGUCCCAGGUUCGACUCCCAACUUCCGGCACUACCCGACGGAUCGUGACGUGUUGCUCAAGUCGUCGCACAGGUGGAUCAACGGCAAGAGGACGGACGACGACGUGGGGCCGUACUGGAGGGUCCAUGAUAAGUUAUACGACCUGACGGGGUUUGUUGACAAGCAUCCCGGAGGGAGGGAUUGGAUUCUGGCUUCACGAGGGACAGACAUCACAGAGCUGUUUGAAAUCUCUCACCUGACCUCCCUACCCCUUCAGUACCUCCGUCAGUAUUACGUGAGAGAGGCCAGUUCGCCCAGAAACUCUCCCUACACUUUCCACUCAAAUGGGUUCUUCAAACGUUUCCGAGAGAGGGCAGGACCGAUCCUGAAGGAGGUAGGAACAGGACCUAGUUCCUUGAUGGUGACGAUGCAGGACUCCUUGGCGGUAUCCUUCCUCCUACUGAUGGUCGCUGCUGCUUCCUGGGAUUCUCUACCCCUCGCUCUAAUGGCAGGCGUCUUUCUUGCGGCAACAGGCAACUGCGCUCACAACUUCACCCAUCAGAGAGACACUUGGCGGCUGUACUACCUCGACCUGACACUGUUAUCCUCAUAUGAAUUCCGCAUCAUCCACAUCAUGUCCCAUCACGGGUAUCCUAACACCUACUAUGACUUCGAGGUAGCUGUUCUUGAACCAUUUUGGACAUUCUUACCUAAACCAAACAAGAAUUGGAUCCAGAGAUAUGGGAGUUAUAUUCUUGAUCCGAUCCUCUUACCAUUGGCGUUAUUCUCUGAGGGGCUGAAGAGAUUGUGGUUCCUAGCUCUUGGGGAAGUGAGGUUUAGGCCUGAGAAUGGGUUACCUAUACUGGAGCUCUUGGUGUUCCUUGUGUUGUCUCAGUCCAUCAUAGUUGCUCUCAGGUUGUGGUUGGUGAUGCACGCGGUCUGUAGCGUGUUAGUGGUGACCCUAGCACUUGUUGGCACUCACCACCACCCAGAUAUAUACCACCAAGGAGACGCUAUGAGACAAGACCGUGACUUUGGCCUGUGUCAACUAGAUGCCGUGAGGGACAGGGUAGAAAUCAACACCAAUUUAUUCUUAGUGGCUGUGGGCUACGGUCACCACGCCCUACACCAUCUCUUACCUACUGUCGAUCACUCCAAGCUCACCUACCUGUACCCAGCCCUUCUUGAGACCUGCAGGGAGCACCACAUCGACUACUCCUUCGUCAGGGUGUGGUACAUGGUGAAGGGGAAGUACCUCCAGUUGGCUAACAUCACUCCAAGUGUUACGCCGAAGAUAAUUAAUAGUUGGGAAUCAGAAGAAAAUGAAAGAUAGUUUAUGUGGUUUUAAUAAUGUGUUUUAGGUUUAGGUUUAAUUUUAUCAUUGGUUUAAUUUAUGAUUUUUUUUUCUUGUUUUUAUACUUUUUGAGGUUUUAAUGUUUUUGUU